UAACCAGGGUCCAGCUUCGCCCUAUUUAGUGUAGUUCGGCUUGGCCCCUGAAGUGAUAUGGGAUGAUUUGCUAGUCCAUCAGAAUCACUCCUCUUUUGCCACAUAUCCAUAUCUCCUCUCACCAAUAUUUCACCCGAGACGAAGAAUUAAAUUCACCAUGGCAUCUAACAAGACCAUCGUCCUCAUCACUGGCGCCAACAGCGGCAUCGGCUAUGACACCGUCGUGGGUCUCGCCGAAGCGUCGUCUGACUUCCACAUCCUUCUUGGCGCCCGAACCGUGGAGAAGGGCCAAAAGGCCCUGGACGAGAUCCAGUCCCAACACGGCAGCUCGUUGAAGGGCAGCAUCUCCGUCAUCCAGCUGGAAGUCACGGACCAGAAGUCGAUCGAGGCGGCCAAGGAGCACGUCGAGAGCACCUUCGGCAAGCUGGACGUACUGAUUAACAACGCGGGCAUCAUCGUGAUCCGCCCGUGCGACACGUUGACCAACCUGCGCGAGACCUUCGAGACCAACACCUUCGGCCCCAUGGUGAUCACCGAGGUGUUCGAGCCGCUGCUGAAGAAGUCGUCCAGCCCACGCGUCAUCCACGUGUCGUCGGAGCAGGGCUCCAUGACCCUGAGGCUGGACCCGACCUACAAGUUUGCCCAGGUGCGCGGCGACACGUACCGCAUGAGCAAGGCUGCCAUGAACAUGCUGGCCGCCUGCCAGAGGUACAACUUUGCCGAGUGGGGCUGCAAGGUCUGCGCCUUUAACCCGGGCUUCUGUGUCACCAACCUCACCGGGGAGAAGGGCCGCGCCAUGCGCAUCCAGCAUGGUGCGAGACCCGCCAAGGACGCGGCUGACGCCCUGGUGGAGGUCGUCACGGGGAAGAGGGAUGCUGAUCUUGAGAAGUCUGGCAUCGUCGACCUUGACGGUGGGGUGGUGCCCUGGUAGACGUGUUGGUAAUCAUGGGCACGCUGUGUUGGGAAAUAAGAGCUGAAUGUCUAAUCUCCAGUCUCUAUCUUGUGCUUGUGCUUCUGUGGUAAUUUCCCACUUGACUAUGUCAAAGAUAUUAUGCCCAGGAUUACGACCAUGAAUCCCAGACGCAUCGGCGACGUUGUCGACAGGUGCAUUCGUAGAUUAAAGGAGAUCAAGUAACUACAACGAAUGACACGAGCUGCGUGAUUGAGAAAAAGG